AGAAAGAAAAAGAAAAAGAAAAAGAAAAUGUAAAAACUUGAUGUUUUCUCGCGUCUCAUAUUUAUACGUAAUUAUACGUAAUUUUUCUUCGUUGAAGUGAGUUCUUCGUCCUCAGCCACCCGCCGCCGAAGAGAGAAGAGCAAGGGAGGCACUGGAGCCAGGAGGGAAGGGCUUUCAGAGGCUUUAGAAAAAUCCAGAUACGGCUAUUUGAACAAUCUUCUUUGUUUCGAAUUUGAAGAAGAGUCCUGUCCUAUCCUUCAACCUGCCGGGCGCCAGCUUUUGUGCUUAUCCCAUUCCUAGGUUGAUUCAUCAUUUCAGGAUAAUCCAAAACAUUAUAUAUUUUUUCCGAGGAAGACUUUAGAUAUAGUCUAUAAAGAGUUUCAAAAAUUCCAGGAAGUUUUCUGGAGAGAAAGAAAAUGCACGAUCAAAAGAAGAAUGCGGUAAGAGGCUGGGCUGGAACUUUGUAAAGAUCGUCACUGUGAACGAGGACUACUUCCAACUAUCGGAUUUUAAGGACCUGAGGAAUAUGAAGUACGUAUUGGUUACGGGAGGUGUUGUUAGCGGACUGGGCAAAGGGGUCACUGCUAGUAGUAUCGGUGUCCUCCUUAAAGCUUGCGGUCUUCGAGUUACUUCCAUUAAGAUUGAUCCUUAUCUAAACACGGAUGCUGGUACCAUGUCUCCUUUUGAGCACGGCGAAGUGUUUGUCUUGGAUGAUGGUGGCGAGGUUGACCUGGACCUUGGAAACUAUGAACGAUUUUUGGACAUCACGCUAACUCGUGAUAACAACAUCACAACUGGAAAAAUAUAUCAGUCUGUGAUUGACAAAGAGAGAAGAGGUGAUUACCUAGGGAAGACUGUUCAGGUUGUUCCACACAUUACAGAUGCAAUUCAAGAAUGGAUUGAGCGUGUAGCAAUGAUACCAGUGGAUGGUAAAGAAGGUCCAGCUGACGUGUGUGUAAUUGAAUUGGGUGGCACCAUAGGAGAUAUUGAAUCGAUGCCAUUUAUUGAAGCACUUGGCCAAUUUUCGUACCACGUAGGUCCUGGAAAUUUCUGCCUGGUUCAUGUUAGCCUUGUUCCGGUCCUCAAUGUGGUUGGUGAACAGAAAACUAAGCCUACUCAACAUAGUGUUCGAGGUCUAAGAGGCCUGGGAUUGGUACCAAAUAUUUUAGCUUGCCGCAGUACAAAGGAACUCGAUGAAAAUGUUAAGGAAAAACUUGCUCAAUUUUGUCAUGUGCCGGCAGAUAAUAUAAUCACUCUCUAUGAUGUGCCAAAUAUCUGGCAUAUUCCUCUGCUAUUAAGAGUAAGUGAUUUCUUUCGUCAUAUUUCUUUUUAUGCGAGGAAAGACUGGAACAUUUUUCUUCAACAGGAUCAGAAGGCUCAUACUGCACUCUUAAAAGGACUGAAUCUUCACAGUGUAGCAGGAGAACCUGAUUUAGAUCGAUGGACGUCUAGGACAAGGUUAUAUGAUAAAUUACAUGAUUCCGUCAAAAUUGCUAUGGUUGGUAAAUACACAGGCCUGUCAGAUUCGUACCUCUCUGUAUUAAAGGCCCUUUUACAUGCUUCUGUCGCCAGCAAUAGAAGGCUUAUUGUAGAAUGGGUUCCAGCUGGGGAUCUUGAAGAUAUUUCUGCCACAGAGGCCCCUGAGGUUUAUGCAGCUGCAUGGGAACUUUUAAAGGGUGCUGAUGGUGUUCUAGUUCCAGGAGGUUUUGGUGAUAGGGGAGUCCAAGGGAAAAUUCUAGCAGCCAAAUAUGCUCGAGAGAAUGGGAUUCCCUUUCUGGGCAUAUGCCUGGGGAUGCAAAUUGCAGUCAUUGAAUUUGCCAGAUCUGUUCUCGGUAUACUUGAUGCUAACAGCACAGAGUUCGAUCCUGAAACGACGAAUCCUUGUGUGGUUUUUAUGCCUGAGGGCUCAAAGACUCAUAUGGGAGGAACUAUGCGUCUAGGGUCAAGGAGAACUUACUUUACUGUUAUGGAUUGCAUAUCUGCACAGUUGUAUGGCAAUGUGAAGUUUGUUGAUGAGCGACAUAGACAUAGAUAUGAGGUCAAUCCUGAAAUGGUGUGUCAACUUGAAAAUGCUGGUUUAUCUUUUGUUGGCAGUGAUGAAACAGGUCGCCGUAUGGAGAUUGUUGAACUAAGUGGCCAUCCAUACUUCGUGGGAGUUCAGUUUCAUCCCGAAUUUAAGUCCAGACCAGGGAAACCAUCUCCGCUCUUCUUAGGGCUCAUUAAGGCAGCAUGUGGCCAAUUAGAGGCCUUUCUACAAAACAAUGGGAAUGCCAGCCAAUUUUCGGCAGACACGAUAAGCAAUGGACACGCAAAGAUAAAGAUUGUGCAAAAUGGACACACCCCAAAGUUUGCGAAUGGGUUAUUAAAUGCUGCAUAUGGCAAUUCAGUAGUUUGCCCUCGGAAAGAUGUAAACCACUGUUUAUGAUGAUGGUGCUCGCUAAUGUUAUCACUCGGAGGAUUUUCCUAAAGAUCCUUGGGCUUGCUGUACAGUUCUAUGGUCUAGUGAUGAGGGCUUUAUGACAUAAAGCUGGAUUUUUUUGACUGUUAGUGCAGCACUAGUUCGAUAGGAAUACUGAUUAGGGUAACUUAAAACUCGUUUCGAAAGUGCUUCCAACUUUUGAGACGGUCGUUGAUCGCAUCAGGCUUUCUUCAUAUCUCUGGAAGGUCUUGAAAAUCUUCUGCAGUCGUCUGCCUUGCAUGCUUGAUAUUUAUGGGCAUGGACCAAGUUCACAGUAUUUUUUUUUUUUUUUUUUUAAAUUUUAAUAGUUCGAUAUAGCCCCCCA